AUGGCGACAGGUGCAAUGCAGAUGUACUUUAUACUCGUCGUAACGUUGGCGGCCAAAACGGUCGCACACUCCUGCCAGGGAGAUGGCUGCUCUGCUUCGUCAGCCCUUCUCCAGAAGAAGUUCCAGGUGGAUGCCAUGCGCAGUGACGACCACUUGACGGCCUCGGGCGCCAAAGUUCCGCGCCACGACUUGGCCAACCUCCGCGUACCCCUGCACACGAAGAUCGAGACAACCAACGAUGGCAACUGGAGGGAGUACACGGACCACAACGAGUGUCAUGCCUCGACGCCGGAUGGGCGCCUGUACAUGUGCGGUGAGCACGCGAAGUAUUUGCGGUACUACAAAUUCGAGAGCCAAACCUUCACAGCCGACGGUGUGCCGAUCUUCAACGAUGAUGUGUGGAGCUACUGGGAGGCAGCGGCUCAAUGCCCUUGGCCUACACCGCUUGGCAGUCCCUUUCGACGGUGCCUGCCAGUUUGCGGCCGUGGGCCACGGCUGCGGGGGCACGGCGCAACUAAUGCGUGA